AUGAGUGCACUUCAUCGAGCUGGAGCCACUCGUUGGAGCUCUCACUAUGACUCUGUUAGGAGCUUGAUAGAAAUGUAUGGUGCAUCAUGUAAAGUUCUUGAACAUCUCAGUAACGAUGGGGCAAUUGGAUCUAUACGUGGGGAAGCUAGUGGUGUUUAUGCUGCAAUUAUGACCUUUGAGUUCAUAUUUCUCUCGCAUUUGAUUGAUAAAAUCAUGGGAAUCACAGAUUUACUUUGCCAAGCUCUACAACGUAAAUCCUUGGAUAUCUUGAAUGCCUUGAGAUUAGUUCAACAACGAAAGCUCUCCUUUCCAGAUUUAGACAAGAUGAAGUGCGUCGUUCGUUCAUGUCAACGACAAGAUCCUAUUACAAUCGAACACCAUUAUCACUUUGAUGUCUUCAAUGAGGUAAUUGAUUUUCAAUUGAUGGAGUUAAAUAGUAGAUUCAACGAGAAAUCAGUGAAACUUCUUACUCUAAGCUCUGCUUUGGAUCCGAGUGAUUCCUUCAAAGCAUUUAAAAUUGAAGACAUAUGCAAUCUUGCAAGCAAAUUUUAUACUCAAGAUUUCAGUUCACAAGAAAUCCAUGCUUUGAGAUUUACGUCAAGAAAGUCACAGAACUAUUAUCUGACUGAGAGAUUGAUUCGUCUAGUAUUAACUCUUCCCGUUUCGACGGCGACUACAGAACGGGCAUUUUCAGCUAUGAAGCAUGUUAAGACAGCCAUUCGUAACAAAAUGGAUGAUGAAUUUCUUGCAGAUUGCAUGGUUCUUUACAUUGAACGAGAACUUGCUGAGAAAGUCAAUUUAGAUUUUUUAUUUUAUGCGUUAAAUAGGAGUAAUGUCGUAGAUAACUCUAAAAAAAUUUCCGGGGACGCUGCCCCCGGACCCCAUCAACUUCUAGUAGCCCCCAACUCCAAUUCCUGGUUCCGCCCUUGCACGUGA